CUAGAAGUGCUUCCGGGUCGAAGUUGAUUCUCCUUCAUCCACAUGUGAUUCACAUGUUUACAUGGGUAUUUGUAUUCGGAGGAGCGAACUGGUGAUACUGCCAUCGGAAAACAUUUAUAACAUACUGUUAUAGAAAAAGCAGAGUGGCGAUAUGUCGGACAGUGAAGAUGAAGCUUGUGAACAGACUUCAGCAGCAAAGAAGAAGGUUUCAAAGUACGAAUGUCCGGCUGACUUUGUGCCCAUGUCGUAUGAUUCCUCCUCAAGCGCCUUAUGGGACGAAGAUGAAGAUAACGAGAAGGAAUUAUGGCUCAUCAAAGCUCCAGCUCGUUUCGAUCCAAAAUGCUUUAAAAAUCUCAAACUUCCCUUAUCAGGACUGGAAAUGGUCCAGUCUUCUGGCAAGACCCCUCAGAUCUACAGCGUCCUCAGUAGCAGGACGACAUCAUCAGACCUCCAUCUGCUCAUUCCUGAAGGGAAACAUCAGAAGCCUGUUCUCUGUUCCUCUGGCUUUAGUGGAGUCCUCAAGAUCUCAGAAAGCUAUGGAAACUGCAGUGAGAACCAAGGUCCCGUUCCCAUCCCGGCCGCUCCAGCUCCAUCCAUCCCAGCUGGUCUCAGGCAGCGUUUCCAGCCUUUUGGUAGUUCCGUUGCGGCUCACAUGCAAAAUGAAGUCACCGUAGUCACUCCAACUGCUGCCAAAAGAACCGGUCAGGAUCCAGUUGAGGGUGAGGAGCGGAAAAAGAAGAAAAAGAAAAAGAAAGACAAGAGGCAAGAAGACAGUGAAGAAGUUUCUAUCAAGGACGAACAGACACAAAUUGACUGUGAUCAGUUAGAGUUAUCUGGACUUAUGGAGGAAGAGUCGACGGAGGAAAGGAAGAGGAAGAAGAAAAAGAUAAAGAAAGAGAAGGAAAGACAUAGUGAAGACAUGGUUGAUGCAAGUUUAAUAUUCAAAACGGAGCCACUGGAUCCUUCUUAUGAUGAUUGCAUUGAUACCCAAGGGAAAACGAAAAAGAAGAAAAAGAAAAGUAAUCGACAUGAGUAGACUGUCAUAAGAACUUGAAAUGUUUUAUUAAUUUGCCAUGUUCACAAAUGCUUACUGUGAUAUUUAACUGUCAAAUACAAUUGACAAAAAUGUGUCUGUCAUCACUAUGUCAGUAUUACCUUAUGCGCUGACUUUUCUUGUGCUUUUAUUGUGCUUUACUGUCAUUCAAAUAACUGCACAUCACAGAGAUGCUAUUUUAUGUAAUAGACCUUAGGUUAGAGGCCAUAUUGAAUAUUUAGUUUUGAAAGAGACUUAUAAUUGUUACAAUGGAUCACUCUGUAUAAAGGUCCUAGAUCACACAACUUUUGCAACUCACCAGUGUUGCCAAAUCCACAGUUUUCCUGUGGAACUGGGCUACUUUAACACUACUGCGGUAUGUUGUUUAUCAUGUCAGCGGGUUUAAGCGACUCCAGUAAUGUGAUAUUUCUCCCCUGGAAUGCAAGUUUUACCAGGGAAACCCUGCCAAAAAAAGUGAUUGGGCUAGUUUUUAAUAGCAAUUGGGCAGAUUUUGGUGUGAAAACCUGGCAACCCUGCAACUCACAACUUUUUAAACUGUUUAAUUGUUUUUUUUUUUUCAGAAAGACAUUUUGUGAGCUGAACGAUAGGUACGCAUUGAACACCGUACUUUUGUCCCUCACAGCCUUGUUUUCAUUCCUGUUAAAAAAUAAAUAUGGCGCUUCCUAAACUAAGGUCUGUAUAUGCGUUAAAUGAAAAUUCAACCAACGGCAAAAUUACUGUCAUUCACACACCUUCAUGUCGCUCCAAACCUGAAUGAUUUUAUUCUGUAGAACAUUAAAAUAUGUAUUUAAGAUUCCACAAAAAGAAUGACGAUUUUCAAAAGAUUAAUUCACUUUCAGAAUAAAAAAAAAUUCCUGAUAAUUUACUCACCCCCAUGUCA